AUGAGAUGGACCCCACACCCCCAGUGCGCUCCGAAUAUCUGGUCUCAGGGAUUCGCACGCCCCCCGCCAGGAGGAACAGCAGGCUGGCCACCCUGGGCAGGAUCUUCAAACCCUGGAAAUGGAGGAAAAAGAAAAAUGAAAAACUGAAGCAGACAACGUCCGCGCUGGAGAAGAAGGCCGGCCGGCAGGGUCGGGAGGAGCUCAUCAAGAAGGGGCUGCUCGAGAUGGUGGAGCAGGAUGCUGAAAGCAGAGUGGGCCACCGAGCCACACAGAGUGAGCCGUCCACUCCCAAGCAGCAGUUUCCAGAAGAUGCCCAGCCAGGAACCCCCUCGGCCAGCGGGAUGGACCAGGCUUCCCUGGAGGAGCCGCUGUCCUCGGACUCCCUCUCAGAGGAUACAGCCAAGACGCCCUCAGCAUCCAGGGGUGAAGAAGCAGACGCCACCAGCAGCCUUCCACCUACCACGGAUGAGUCCUCUCAAGCCUUAGCUGGGUCCGACUCCCUGGACAGUCCUCCCAGAACCCUGGAGAGAUCCGUGGGCCAGCUCCCCAGUCCCCCGCUGCUGCCCAUCCCACUGCCCAAGGCCGGCUCCAAAGCCACAAAAAAUGCCACAGGCCAGGCUGUGCUCCUCCAGGACUCCAGCGGGAAGAACACGGACCCUCCCCCCCGAGGACAGCUUCCCACGCCCACAGGGUCUCCGCAUCCCACCACCAUCCACCGGCCGCUGCCCCCCAGCCGCGUGAUCGAGGAGCUGCACCGGGCACUGGCCACCAAGCACCGUCAGGACAGUUUCCAAGGGAGGGACAGCAAAGGGUCCCCGAAGAAGCGGGUGGACGUCCGCCUGUCGCGAGCAUCCAGCGUGGAGCGGGCCAAGGAGCGGGAGGAGGCCUGGAGCGUGGAGGGCGCCUCGGAGGGCAAGUGGGCGGCAGCCAAGGCGUCGGAGGAGAACAAGGAGAACUUGCUGGUGCACUCGGAGCUCCAGGACGACCUGCUCCUGUACCAGGACGAAGAGGUGCUGAACGACUCCAUCAUCUCCGGAACUCUGCCGAGGAAAUGCAAGAAGGAGCUGCUGGCCGUGAGACUGAGGAACCGGCCCAGCAAGCAGGAGCUGGAGGACCGGAACAUUUUCCCCCGGAGGACGGAUGAGGAGCGGCAGGAAAUCCGGCAGCAGAUAGAGAUGAAACUCUCUAAACGGCUCAGCCAGAGACCUGCCGUGGAGGAGCUGGAGAGGAGGAACAUCUUGAAACAAAGGAACGACCAGACAGAGCAGGAGGAGAGAAGAGAGAUCAAGCAGAGGCUGACGAGAAAGCUUAAUCAGAGACCCACCGUGGACGAACUGAGAGACAGGAAAAUUCUGAUACGGUUCAGUGAUUACGUGGAAGUGGCCAAAGCCCAGGACUACGACAGACGGGCGGACAAGCCCUGGACGAGGUUGUCGGCGGCAGACAAGGCAGCGAUUCGCAAAGAACUCAAUGAAUACAAAAGUAACGAGAUGGAGGUACACGCCUCGAGCAAGCAUUUGACAAGAUUCCACAGGCCGUAGAGAUUUUCUUCUGAGAAGAAUCUGUGUUUAACUUUUGAUACCAACACUGGAUACUCAUCAGGGGACUCUCCUGAAUUUAACUCAAGACUCCCCGCUGUGUCGGGAGGAGCGAGCACGCAGGGAGGUCACCCUCACUGCUCUCCGGACACGGACCCGGACACGGACACGGAAGGUCUCGCUCUGGCGUCCCAGGAGUGAGCUGUCGGGUCCUCAGAGACCCGGAGUGACGGCAGAAGAAAACUGUUGGAUGCCUUUGAGCCUUGUUUUCAGUUCUGCGGUUGGUCGACAGAGGGUGGAGAUUCGCAGGUGCAGGCUCGGCACUCCAGACCUCGGGCCUGAGGGCGCGUGACGCGGUGUCAUCUGUGUUAUGUUGAAAAGACAUUUUUACUCUGAUCACGAUUGAGUUGAGAACUCUCUAAGUUCAUGUUAUACAAAAUUAUUUCCUGUAUUAUAUUUCUCCUUUUUUUAUAUAAUGUCUAACAGAAAUACAGCUGCAACAUUUUGAUUCCUGUUAAUUUUGUUCUUUAAUUAAAUGAUUACUUAUUGCAGGAAAUUCACCUGCGCUUUAUA